GUGGUGGCUGGAUGAUUGUGUUCUGCCAGUGCUUUAUGAGACUGCUAAAGGGGUUCUGGGCUGGAAAUGGUUAGGAUAUGGAUAUUAAUGGCGUACGCACACUUGGAGCACACUAUCUCACUGAAGAUGCAGCAACUGGAAGACUGUACAAGAGAGGCAAGCUACUGGGGAGGGGUGCUUUUGGGAGGUGCUACAAAUUCACAGAUUUGUCGAGUAGGCAAGUGUUUGCAGUGAAAAUGAUCUUGCAUGCAAGAAAAUCUGUGAUACAGCAAAGAGGAGGGGUUGACAAAGAAAUUGAGCUCCACAGUCAGUUAAAACAUAGAAACAUUGUCAAGUUUUACCACCAUUUUCAAGACCAAAAGUACGUGUACUUGGUGCUAGAGUACUGCAGACACAAGUCUCUUGCUCACAUCUUGAGCAUAAGAAAACUACUGACAGAACCUGAAGUGCGAUAUUACAUGACGCAGAUAUUACAUGGGGUACAAUUCUUGCAUCUUCAUAGGAUAAUCCACAGGGAUCUGAAGCUGAGUAACUGUUUCCUUGCCAAGAACAUGAUUGUAAAAAUUGGGGACCUGGGAUUAGCAACAACUGUGGACCAGUGUGAAAAAGUUCCAGGCGUCAUAUGUGGCACACCAAAUUACUUAUCUCCGGAAGUGCUUGCUAAGGAAGGACACUCCUUUAAAUCAGACAUCUGGGCCCUUGGAUGUGUAAUGUACACACUACUGACUGGAUAUUCCCCCUUCAGAGCUCAUUCACAGAUAGAGAUGCAAUAUUUCAUCAGAGAAGGCUUCUACCCUGUGCCUUCAUAUAUAUCACUCAAUGGCAGAAGACUGAUUAUUUCUUUACUUGCGAACUGUCCCACUAACAGGCCUGGCAUAGAAGACAUACUGGCAAGUGACUUCUUCACUCAGGGGUUCACACCUAAAAAGCUAUCAUCUGCCAGCUGUAACACAGCUCCAACCUUCUUGCUUUCCAUCCAACUAACCAGAUUCUUCAGCAAAGCAGCUAAAGUUCUGUACCGAGGAGUCUUCCAUAAAUCCUUCUGCUCAGAUUGUGGAGAAGCAGGGGAGCAUGGAAAAUCAAUGAUCGUGCCUACACAGAGCCUGGAGUCUUUGAGUACAGAUAACACAUGUGAAGAAGAAAAAACAGAGGACGUCAUCAGACCUAGUGAUGAAUCUCUUGCUAUACUCAUGAAAGGGAGAAUGAGCAGCAGGCAAAGGUCGGCCUUGCAGAAACAGAGAAAGCCUAUGGGAGAAAAAGUGGUGGAAGAUGUCACUGUUAUAUUAAAAAACUGCCUGUUCAUCAUCAUACCAGGUGAAAUGGAUCCCACAAAGCAGGUGAAUUCUCAUAUCCUAUGGGUGACCAAGUGGGUGGAUUACUCUAAUAAAUAUGGCUUUGGCUACCAGCUUUCUGAUGACUGCACAGGGGUACUACUGAGUGACGGAACACAUCUUGUUCUCUCCCCAUAUACACAGAAGGUUUGUUAUUCUACAAGCUCAGAAGAACAUAUCACGUUUCCUGAAUGGAGCCCACCAUAUAAGCUAGAAGCAAAGAUGAGGAUACUCAGGUUUUUCUUUCAAUACAUGCAGGAGAAUGUCUUGGAGGGCGGAGAUCUUCGGGGAGCACCCAGCCUUUCUGUAAGAACAUUGUGCCUGUUGCACUUUCUGAAGACAGACCAAGCACUGCUGAUGUUGUUCAGUAAUGGUACUUUGCAGGUGAACUUUUACCACGACCGUACAAAGAUAAUAUUAAGCAGAGCGAAGCAAGGUUAUCUACUUACUUUUGUUGACCAAGACAGACAGAGUUGUACAGUGCCACUGUCAGUACUUAAGGCUGGUUGUCCUGCACUUAUAAUCCAGAGGAUGGAGUAUGCCCUCAUUAUGCUGCAAAGCCUGUAAUGGGAUUUAUAAGACUCUUGAAGAAAAAUUAAAUGAAGUGUUUGGAAAGUAGAUUCUCAGCAGGGUUUAGUUGAAGGCAAGUUUCAUGUUGUUUUCAAAACCUUGUUUCAAGGUCCAUUGCAGGUAACUAGGGAAUGUUAUGAUCUGAAGGCUAAUGCACGUGA